AGCGGUCUUGUAUAGUUAGUUCAGCGGUGUGGCGUUGGUACCACGCGAAAACGCCGACAAAAUUCGGGGUCCCCGCCAGAAAUUAUUAGUUUGAUUUGAAUCGACGGUUAUCCAACAACCAGCCCCAGCUACAAUGUCGAACCUCUGGGAGGCCCAUUCCACUCCACAAACCUUCGAAAAACCAUCGUUCAUAAAACUGAAGGUGUCUCCCGAAGAUAACCCCCAGAAGGAUUGUAAGACGGUCACUUAUAAACCACCUGCUCAUGACGACGACGAACGAGGCGGCUGGGGAAAUAAACUCGACUUUCUUUUUUCAUGUAUUAGCUUGUCAGUCGGACUGGGAAACGUCUGGAGAUUCCCGUACUUGUGUUACAAAAAUGGCGGAGGAGCUUUCAUACUCACGUAUAGCAUCGCCAUGGUUAUUUGCGGGAUACCCAUGUUCUUUCAAGAAGUCGCCAUUGGCCAGUAUUUGGGUUCGGGAGGCAUGACCUUUGUGGGGCAGUUGUGUCCCAUUUUCAAGGGCGUGGGAUAUGCCGCCAUGACUCUAGUGUUUUUGUUAGAUAUUUAUUAUUGUAUUAUUAUAGCGUGGACUAUAUUUUAUUUGAUGAGUACGUUUUCGUAUCUACCGACGCUGCCAUGGUCAGGUUGUGGAAACUGGUGGAACACCGAAAAUUGUUUCUCGUCCAUCGAAAACAACACUGUGAUAAACUCAACACUACGUACUACAUCUGUCGAGGAAUACUUCGAGCGUCGAGUCCUCGGCAUAACUACCGGAAUCGAAGAAAUUGGGGGGAUGCAGUGGGGGCUGUUCGUGUGUCUGGUGUUCGGGUGGCUGAUAAUUUACAUGAUUAUCCGGAAAGGGUUGCAUCAAAGCGGAAAGGUAAUCUGGUUCACGGCCUUGUUUCCAUACUUCGUGCUCUUGAUUCUCAUGGGCCGUGCCGUGACCCUUAAUGGGGCUGCUGACGGGUUGCUGUAUUUCAUCACGCCGAGGUGGGAGGAGCUGUUAACCCCUGGACCAUGGAUGGACGGGGCCACGCAGAUAUUUUUUGCCUACAGUAUAGGGUGCGGAGCUUUGCCGGCUUUGGGGUCGUUUAAUAAAUUCCACCACAAUUGCUACAAGGACUCUGUCAUUACAUGCGUCAUCAACACCCUGACCUCCCUCUUAGCAGGAGUUGUAACCUUUUCGAUCUUGGGAUACUUAGCGGCGGAGCAGCACACCAGUGUUGCCGACGUCGUCAAAAAAGGGCCCGGUCUAGUCUUCCUGACGUAUCCAGAAGUGGUCCUCAAGCUUCCGGGAUCGGCUUUCUGGGCUUCCACUUUCUUCAUCAUGCUUGUGAUUUUGGGAAUCGAUAGCGAGUUUUGUCUCGUGGAAGCCUUCAUAACUGGACUUGUCGAUAAUUGGUCGGAAGAACUGAGACCUCAUCGAGGAAAGUUUACUGUGGGUGUGUGCACGCUGAUGUUUUUGUUAGGAAUUCCGAUGGUAACCAAGGGUGGCAUGUACAUAUUCCAGCUCAUGGACUAUUACUCCGCGUCUGGAAUGUCCCUCCUCUGGGUCUGCUUCUUCCAAACCGUCGCCCUCUCCUGGAUUUUCGGCGUCGACAAAAUCAGCGACUGCAUCGAACAGAUGAUGGGAAUGAGACCUAACAGAUACUGGACCAUCUGCUGGAAAUACUGCGGUCCCUUGAUCAUGAUCGCAAUUUUCGUCAGCCACUGCGUCCAAUACGUGAACCUCACUUACGGGUCCUAUAAAUAUCCAGACUGGGCAGAAAUUAUUGGAUUUGGUUUGAGCAUAUCUUCCAUGAUAUGGGUGCCCCUGUACGCCUUUUAUUUCGCCGUCUCCGGUCCCGGAACUUUCGUCGAAAACCUGAAGGAAGGGUUUCGGCCUCACAUCAAGAUGAGAAAAAUAUCGAUCUGCGACAAAAGGACGGGGCUGCCAAUUACGGAAAGUAACGUCGGCUUGAUUUCGCCCAGUCAGUCUUUCAAUUAGAGAGAGAGUUGUAUUUUUGUUGUGUGGUUUAUGAUAUAAACGAGCAAUUAAAAGGAUAAUAUAAUCCAGUUAAGGGACGCUUCGACCGUACUUAAAGUUAAAUAAAAUCCUGGAGUAAAGGUCAAGUUUAUGUUCCUUUUUGUGGGCGAGGCGUUCCGUAUUUUUAAAGCCGUAUCAUUUUGAGGAAAAUUCUCAACGUUAUCACGUAUCAGUAUUUUAAUACCAAAUUUAGUAUUUUAACAUUAACUUAUAUUUUAGUGUAUUAAACAGGCACCUAAACGA